GCUUCCGAAAAAAUAUUUUCGGCUGAAUUGGUGUUUAACUUUGCAACUCAUGCUUGUAUGCCUUGUGUAGUGUUGCCUGCUUUUAACAAAGAGGGAAUAAAUAGUUUUCUCUUGGCUUUCUGUAUGUAGAAAUUUAGGAUACUGGGGAUGUGAAGUUGUGAACCGUGGUGGUUCGGCAGUAGCAGUUAAUUCGCAGUCUGGUCCAGAGAGUACUCUCUGGAGUAUAUUCGAGUCGCAGUGUUCGAGCAUAAACGCGCGGCUCGCAAAGGCAGUGGGUCCUAUACAAGCCCAGACACAAAAUAUUGCCAUAUAACAUACAAUAAGUUCAUAUUCUCAAUAUUUUUUCUGUGCGUUCUGUACGAGGUUAAACAGUACUUGUUUGACAUUGUACAAUAAUACUAAUCUUCGUUUCACCAUGGAAUGCACAUUGACAUCGGCUACAAAUAUGUUGCACAGUCAAAUUAUAUGUCAUAUUUGUUGUAGAGUUUAUGAAAGAAACAAAUUUACUUUCGUGUUUGAUAGAGAAGGAUUUGACAGUAAGUUACCAGAGAAAAUUUGUAAAUAUACCCCAUUCACAGUCAAAAGUGAAAGUCAUUCCUCAGCAGUAAUUUGUACUGCAUGUGUUGAAAACUUGAAUAGUUGGGACCGAUAUAUACAGUCGUGUAUUGAAGCUCACUUAGCCCUUCCGGAGGAAACUGAAUGGAAAGGAGAAAUGGCUGGAGAAUCUGUAGAAGAUCUUACUGUUAGUCAAACAAUUAUACAUUUUUCUGAGCCUAUCCAACAUUCAGAUAAUAUGAAACAAAUGUCUGAAGCAGAUAUGCUUGACAUUUCCUCUACAGUUUGCAAAAAAAAGUACUGCGAGAAGUCAAGAAACACGUAUUGUAUUGCUAAGUGGUGCAGUAAUAAUACUGGAGACAACAAUAUAUCAUUUUUUAGAGUACCAAAAGAUAGGCAAAGGCAAGUUUAAAUUUUAUCGGAAUAACUAUUGCUGUUUGUAUGUAGUUGUGAUUGUAUAAACAAAUUCAUUGCAGGGCUGAGCAAUGGCUUCUAAACGCUGAUAGGGGUGAUCUUUUAAAUAAAGAUAUAAAAAUUCUCCAUUCCAAGUAUUUAUGUGAGAAACAUUUCUCGGAUACAAUGUUCAUGAAUAAGAAACAUAAGAGACUUGUAUGGAAUGCCAUCCCUAGUAUAUUUCCAGAUAUCAGUUCAUCUAGUUUUGGUCCCACCAAUAAAGAUCCCACGUCAAAUUUGCGGAAGGAGUGUGCAUCUCCGGUGUCAACGAGCACUACAUUCCAGAGUGAGAAAGAGAUUUUAGCACAGCAUGUCGUCUCUUGUCAACUACACCACUCCACCUCCCAUGUGUUGAAUUAUGAUGAGGGGACUGCGUUCUACAAGUAGAAUAUCAAGAAUUAGAUAGCUGAGGAAUUGCUCAAAGUCGUCAAAAGUAGCGUUUUGUGACGCGUUGUAGAUGUAGAGUCGAUCUAUUUGGCCCGUACAAAUCCAACUAGGGGGCGCGAGUCAUUAAUUUUUGGAGUGAACGAUUCCCUUAUGUCCAAAUUGUGUUUUGGCGCGGUGGUCGGAUUCUCACGAUGAAUAGUUUCUAUUUAUGUAUCGUUCACAUAGAAUCGUUACAUGUCCCCUAAUUUCUCACAUUGUGCCAGGAUAUCCUGUGCAACUUCCCUGUGAAUCAGUUCUUUGGGUUCAUAUCAGGUUUAUUUGAACGAUUAUCAUGGUCUAAUAUUGCUUUAACUCUUUUUUGAGGCCAUAUAUUUACAAUAUGUCUGACUCUCCUGGCAACCUAGCUAGUAACUGUACAGAUUAAAUCUUAAUGUGUAUCACGCUGUGUUACACAAUUAACUGAAAUUCCAUUACGUUGUUAAGUGCGUCCCUCUGGCCGAGAGUGAACACUACCUGUGGACUUCUAGAGAGGUGUUGCCUGUCAGCAUCGCAUGGAUCAUGUGAGCGCUUCAACUGUUCUCGCCGCUAAGUGUUUUCAUUGGCUGCGGGCUACCACAUGAAGAAAUUUAUUAAUGUGUGGAUGUUUAGUUUUCACAAGGGAAUUUUGUGAUAGCAUUGUGGCUCUCAGAAGAUGGUCAGCGGUCUGGCUGAGAGGAACCUCAUUCGUCUCUCAGAGCUUGAGCGUCGCGUCCGCAUGGACAGUGAGAAUACAAGUGUUGGUUUCUGCGCCGCAAAAUGUGAAUGCCUUGACAACGCGUCGACAGCAAUUCAUGGUAACACGUCUUAAUGAGCUCAUAAAUAUUUUUUUAAUUAUUAAAUAGUAUAAAAGAAUCAAUGUGUUUGAAUCACCUUAAUUUCUACAUACCUAAAAAUUCCCUG